AUGAGGUGGUCGACAUACAGCGGGUUGGCGGCGCUCUUCGCCGCCACCGCAGCAUGCUGGCCUUACGACGAGUCGUUUCUUGAAUACAAUCUGAACACAAACAAGACCGCAACAGAACCUACGGACUACUGGGGAGAAUGGCCAGGCCACACCGGAAGCUAUCAUCCUUCCCCAGACAACUGGCGCUUCCCCUUCUAUACCCUCAUGAUGGAUCGCUUCGUCAAUGGCGACCCUACCAACGAUAAUAUUAAUGGCACAUUAUUCGAACACGAUCUUAACUCAAACCAAAUGCGCCAUGGAGGUGAUGUGGAAGGUCUUGUCGACACACUGGACUACCUCCAAGGAAUGGGUAUCAAGGGUCUCUACCUCGCUGGUACCUCUCUGAUGAACCAGCCUUGGGGCUUUGAUGGUUAUUCUGCUUUGGAUACAACGUUGCUGGAUCAACAUUAUGGUACCAUUCAGGUUUGGCGAGAUGCGAUUACUGAGAUCCACAAGCGUGGCAUGUAUGUCGUCUUCGACAACACGAUUGCUACGAUGGGUGACUUGAUCGGGUUCGAAGGACAUCUCAACACCACGACGCCCUUUUCUGAGAAAGAAUACCCUGUUCAGUGGAAGACCUCCCGUCACUACGUCGAUUUCGAAAUCGGAAACACAUACAAUGCUAGUUGUGAUUACCCCCGAUUCUGGUACGAGAACGGCUAUCCGGUCAAUCAGUCUAUGACCGCAGAGCUUGUUGGUUGCUACGACAGUGAUUUCGAUCAGUACGGUGACAUCGAAGCUUUCGGUGUGUACCCCGACUGGAAGCGUGAGCUCGCCAAGUUCGCCUCCGUGCAGGACCGUCUUCGUGAAUGGCAUCCAGUCGUUCGUAGCAGACUGAUUCGUCACUCUUGCAUGAUCAUUGCUUCUUUGGACAUCGAUGGUUUCCGAUACGAUAAAGCUACUCAAUCAACCGUGGAUGCGCUCGGAGACAUGUCUUCCGCCUACCGUGAAUGCGCCCGCGCUGUGGGCAAAGAGAACUUUUUCAUCGCAGGUGAAAUCACUGGUGGUAACACCUUUGGAUCCAUCUAUCUUGGUCGUGGCAGACAGCCGAACCAGUUCCCUCCCGAUGCUAUUAGUGCGAUGAAGUUGACCAACGAGUCCGAUUCCCAGUACUUCCUGCGUGAUCUUGGCCAGGAAGCAAUUGACGGCGCCGCCUUCCACUACUCUACCUACCGUGCCCUCACUCGUUUCCUGGGCAUGGACGGUCAACUUUCCGCCGGUUACGAUGUGCCCAUUGACUGGGUUGAUGCAUGGAAUGAAAUGCUGCAGACGAACGACUUAGUCAAUGCGAAUACUGGAAAAUUCGACCCUCGACACAUGUAUGGCGCCACCAACCAGGAUGUUUUCCGUUGGCCGGCAAUCCAGUAUGGUAUUGAGCGUCAGCUGCUUGGCUCCUACAUCACUACAUUGCUUCUUCCUGGAAUUCCUCUUGUUCUGUGGGGUGAAGAGCAGGCCUUCUACGUCCUGGACGCAACUGCAGAGAAUUAUAUCUAUGGUCGUCAAUCGAUGUCUGCUGCCACCGCUUGGGAAAUGCAUGGUUGUUUCGCCUUGAAUUCAUCUCAAUACUAUAAAUGGCCCGUCGACAACGCUCGCAAUGGUUGCCGCGACCCAACAGUAUCCUACGACCACCGCGAUCCUUCUCACCCAGUGCGCAACAUCAUGAAGCACAUGUUUCAACUGCGCGAACAAUUCCCUGUUUUGAAUGAUGGCUACUCGAUUCAGAGACUGUCAAACUCCACCGAGAAUGUGUACUACCCUGGUUCAGCCGAUGUCGCUACCCAGACUGGAAUGUGGUCCGUUGUGCGCAACGUCAACAUCGAUGUCCAAGAUCUGGGCUCUGACUCUGCCAACCAGCCUAUUUGGUUGGUCUACCAAAAUACCAAUCGGACAAUUGACUACACGUUUGAUUGCACCUCCAAAGACACCUCGAUUGCCCUGAUAUCCCCGUUCGAUGCAGGCACCACGGUCAAGAAUCUCUUCCAUCCUCAUGACGAGUUCAAGUUGGAGGCUAGCGCGCUAAAGCUUGGGUUGAACGGAUCUACUGAAUACAACGGUUGCUACCCCAAGUUGUCUCUCGGUGCCUAUGAGUUCCGUGCCUACGUUCCCAUAGACCAGUUCCAGUCACCCAGGCCUAUGCUCACCGCGUUUACCCCUGGUCACGAUGCUCCUAUUCGUUCAACUGUGGCACCUAACCUCUCGGAAGAUGUGCAUAUUGAGUUGUACUUCUCACAAGAAAUGGACUGCGAUUCUAUCACCAGCGGCAUCUACUUGAACUCAUCGACAGAAACUGGCAACACGGCGAUACUUGACUCGAAGACUGUCAACUGCACAACUAUCUCUGAAACCGAUACCACAUACACUGGCCAAAUCCCCAGCGUUUUCAAGUGGGCUGCGAACUUGACUGGCGUUUACAACGGUGUUCACCGAUUGACUCUAAACAACGCAACCAAUACUCAUGGAACCGCGUCCACUGAGGCGGUCGACCACUUACUGUUCCGAAUUGGCCAAAUUGAUAACCCCAUGGUGUUCCCCACUGCCAACUACUCUUCCAGUUUGCUUCACCAGGAAUCGAGCAACGAUACUCUUUUCAUCCAGCACCACGCUGCUGGCGCCGAUAUGUACCGUUACUCCACUAACUGGGGCACGACUUUCUCCAAUUGGAUGACCUACAAUGGUGGUAACAAUACUAUCGAGACCCUUCCUUGGUCUGGCACAAAGAAGCAAGCUUGGGAUGGCGAACAUGUGCGCGUUGAGUACUGGAGCCGCUGGACUGGUAGCAGUGACUACGUUCAACAAGGUGAUACCAACUGGAAAUCCGGCGUUCCACGUCGCUUCCCUCAUGCCUUCUUCAACGGACCUUACAACGAGUAUGGCUAUGACAAUGGACUUGAUAACACGAUCAAGCUCGACGAGGAAAGUGGAUACUGGAAGUAUCAUUUCACAUAUGAAUGGCCCGCUGUCGGACAGCUCAACAUUUGGGGUAUCAACCCCGAUGGAACUCCCGAUCAGAGUUGGGUACUCGGUGAUGCAGAUGGUGACAGUAUCUUGGAUCGUAUGCCUCCUUCUUCCCUGACAAGCACUAUUAUCAACAUCACCAAGUCUCCUCCCUCGCCGUACGUGGCCUGGGAGCUCUUCAUCAACGAUGCUACCCAGCGCUACGAUCUGAUUCCCGUUGGUUCUCAACACUCGCAAAUUGUCAUGUUUGUCCUCUUCUGGCUUAUUCCCGGUAUCACUGGAGCAGCCUGUGUCUGGAUCUUCAUGAAGUCCUUCUACAAGGUAAAGUUCAACGAGAACGGUGCCACUGAGAAGUCUGGUUCUCUGCUGGCUCCGAUGGUCUUUUUAAGGAAGCUGAAGCCCUCGCGUUCCACCGAGAAAGGUGAUCAUGUCAAUCCUCUUAUGCGUCUUGCAAACAAGUCCGGCUUUAUGCAGAGCACCACUGCCCUCGCUGGAGCUGCAGGAAAUGGCAAGCGCCGCAUGGUUCUCAUCGCCACCAUGGAGUACGAUAUUGAGGACUGGGCUAUCAAGAUCAAGAUUGGUGGUCUUGGUGUCAUGGCUCAGCUCAUGGGUAAAACUCUCGGUCACCAGGAUUUGAUCUGGGUUGUUCCUUGCGUUGGUGGUGUCGAUUAUCCUGUCGACCAGCCGGCAGAUCCCAUGACUGUGACCAUCUUGGGCAGCGAAUACCAGGUUCAGGUUCAAUACCACGUCUUGAAGAACAUCACCUACGUUCUUCUCGACGCUCCCGUAUUCCGCCAGCAGUCGAAGUCCGAACCUUACCCGGCACGCAUGGAUGACUUGGACAGCGCAGUCUACUAUUCCGCUUGGAACCAGUGUAUUGCCCAGGCCAUCAAGCGCUUCCCUAUCGACCUCUACCACAUUAACGAUUACCACGGAUCCGUCGCUCCUCUCUACCUCUUGCCGGAGACUAUCCCUGCCUGUCUUUCUCUUCACAACGCUGAGUUCCAGGGUCUUUGGCCUAUGCGCACUCAGAAGGAACGUCGUGAAGUUUGCGAGGUUUUCAAUCUCGAGGAAGAGGUUGCUCGUCGCUACGUCCAGUUCGGUGAGGUGUUCAACUUGCUCCACGCAGGUGCGAGCUACCUCCGCGUCCAGCAACAAGGUUUCGGUGCCGUCGGUGUGUCCAAGAAGUACGGCAAGCGUUCUUACGCUCGUUACCCCAUUUUUUGGGGUCUGCGCAAGGUCGGUAACCUGCCAAACCCCGAUCCUUCUGAUGUCGGAGAAUGGACGAAGCAACCUAUCAAGGACGAGGAUAUUACCGUGGAUCCCGACUACGAGGCUGGUCGUGGGGAGCUCAAACGACAGGCUCAGGAGUGGGCAGGUCUCGAGCAAAAUCCGGAUGCUGAUCUUUUGGUGUUCGUCGGUCGCUGGUCGAUGCAGAAGGGUGUCGAUCUCAUCGCUGAUGCACUUCCCGCUGUUCUUGAGGCUCGCCCCAAUGUGCAAGUUAUUUGCAUUGGCCCCGUCAUUGAUCUCUACGGAAAAUUCGCAGCUCUCAAGCUUGGUCGCAUGAUGGAAGUCUACCCUGGCCGUGUCUUCUCCAAACCCGAGUUUACUGCUCUUCCUCCUUUCAUUUUCUCUGGUGCUGAAUUCGCCCUGAUCCCGUCUCGUGACGAGCCCUUCGGUCUCGUUGCAGUAGAGUUCGGUCGUAAGGGUGCCCUCGGUAUUGGUGCUCGUGUUGGUGGUCUUGGUCAGAUGCCUGGUUGGUGGUAUAACGUGGAAUCGACCUCGACUAAGCAUUUGCUGGUCCAGUUCAAGCUGGCUAUUGAGGCUGCGCUUAACUCUAAGGUUGAUACCCGUGCCAUGAUGCGUGCCAGAUCCGCGAAGCAACGGUUCCCCGUCGCUCAGUGGGUUGAGGAUCUCGAGAUCCUCCAAUCUACUGCCAUCGAGGUCCACAAUAAGGAGGUUGCAAAGGGUCACGGUCGUCCUGUCACUUCUUCUGGACUCAACGUUUCGGGAAGAAGCACACCUACUGGAACCAUGAGAUCCCAGCAGUCUAUGGCUCUUGGUCCACUGUCCCCGCCUUCUAACGCCGCCUUCCCUCAUUCCAGAGAUAGCAGCUACUCGAGCUUCAAUCAGAUCAGCGAUCUGGGUGGGAACAAGAGAACAACUAUCUACAGCCGAGACAUCAGCCCGUCAGAGACCGAGAAGCCCAAGUCCGGCCUCAGCCGUUCCCUCUCUCUGGGUGUUCGAUCAGGACCUGGUCACCACGACCGUCGUGGCCGUCGCAACAUGCCCGAGGGCGAUCUUUCGGAGGCCGAGAAUGAGGAAAGCAGCGACGAAGACAGAGCCCACAGCAUCUAUGGUGAUGAUGAAUACACGCUUACUCCUGCCGAGGUCGAAGAGGGCCGUCGCGCGCAGGCUGCUCAGAGUCAGAGACAGGUCUCCUCCGGCUUGUACUCCCCAUCUCGUCGCAUGAGUCAGGAGUCCACACAUGCUAGAUUCCUCGCUCCUCCUAUGAGCCCCGGAACUCCCCCAGCCGGACCCGAUCAGCUUCUUCUUCCUCCCCAGCCCUUCGCCCAGACCAACCGAUUCAGUAACGCAUCUGUUCUCUCUCUUGAUUCUGUUGUUGGCAACAAGAAGGAUUUCAAGCUACAAAAGGUCGAUCCGUUCUUCACUGACGGCACGGGUGAAUACUAUCACAACUUUGAGGAAAAGUUGGAGGGCCUGAAUGGCUCCAACUCUGAAAGUGAGCUCUGCAUUGAAGAGUUCCUGGUCAAGAGUGAGCAGGAGUGGUUCGAUCGCUUCCGCAACGCCAAACUUGGUCGUAACAACCACAACCCGAGGUCCCCAACGCCCUCAAUCUUCCGUUCAAAGCACAGUGCAUCGCCCGCAGGAGACUAUGAUGAGGGCCUCUCUCAUAUUGCUCUCAGUGAGAGUAAUGACAGUGAAGAUGAUGAGUUCCUUCUUGGAAAGGACUAUGUCCCUCCCACAGGUCUCAGAAAGUGGAUGCAGAUCAAGAUCGGUGACUGGCCUGUAUAUUCGAUCUUCCUGGCUUUGGGUCAAAUCAUUGCCGCGAACUCGUACCAGAUCACAUUGCUUACCGGCGAAGUUGGUGAGACCGCAGAGAAGCUCUAUGGUAUCGCUACUACCUAUGCCAUUACCUCUGUGCUUUGGUGGAUGUGUUACCGCUACUUCAAGUCUGUCGUCUGUCUCUCAACUCCCUGGUUCCUCUAUGGUCUGGCUUUCCUCCUGAUUGGCUCUGCUCAUUGGGAAGGCAACUCCUUCAACCGCGGAUGGAUCCAGAACAUUGGAUCUGGAUGUUACGCCGCCGCUUCUUCUAGUGGAUCUAUCUUCUUCGCCUCCAACUUCGGUGAUGAAGGUGGUGCCCCUGUCGAAACUUGGAUCUUCCGUGCAUGUGUUAUUCAAGGUGUUCAACAGGCCUAUGUUAUUGCUCUUUGGUACUGGGGUUCGACCCUGACCAAGGCUAAUAGCGAGGGCCUGCUGAACUCUGACACUGCCAUCUCAAACACUUGGAAGAUGUCGGCUAUCUGUUAUCCGAUCGCAAUUUUUAUCUGGGGUGUUGGUCUGCUGCUUUUCUUUGGCCUGCCCAACUACUACCGCCAGAAGCCUGGCAAGGUGCCUUCCUUCUACAAGUCUCUGUUCCGCAGAAAGAUUGUCCUUUGGAACUUUGUGGCCGUCAUCUUGCAAAACUUCUUCCUCAGUGCUCCCUACGGUCGCAACUGGAGCUUCCUGUGGACCACAGCUCACGCCACUGCAUGGGAGAUCGUCAUUCUGUGCAUCGUAUUCUUCGGCAUCGUGUGGUGUAUCUUCCUAUUCAUCAUCAGCAAGUUCUCUAAGCGACACAGUUGGUUCCUUCCUGUUUUCGCCUGUGGUCUAGGCGCGCCUCGCUUCAUUCAGAUCUGGUGGGCUGUCUCGGGCAUCGGCUAUCAUCUGCCCUGGGUGGCAGGUGGAUACACCGGAGCAGCCCUCGCUUCUCGCAGUCUUUGGCUGUGGCUCGGAGUGCUGGACUCGAUCCAGGGUCUCGGAUUCGGUGUCAUCCUUCUGCAGACACUGACACGUGUGCAUAUGUGCUUUGCACUCAUCGCCUCACAAGUCCUUGGUUCCAUCGCAACUAUUUGCGCACGAGCCUUUGGUCCCAAUGGUGUAGGCCCUGGGCCCGUCAGCCCAGACAUGACCAAGGGAGCUGGGGAACUGGCAAACGCCUGGUUCUGGGUCGCUUUACUGUCCCAGCUCCUCAUCUGUGCUGGGUUCUUGCUGUUCUUCCGGAAAGAGCAGCUUUCCAAGCCCUAA